UCCUCUUUUUCCAGCCAAGAAGAUGGCGCAGAAACUGCCGGGACACGGACACAGCGAGAGCCUGGGCGCCGGCAAAGCCAUCGCCGUCCUCACCUCUGGGGGGGAUGCCCAGGGCAUGAACGCGGCCGUCCGUGCCGUGGUGCGGGUGGGCAUCUACACCGGCGCCAAGGUCUACUUCGUGCAUGAGGGCUACCAGGGGCUGGUGGACGGUGGGGACAACAUCAAGGAGGCCACGUGGGAGAGCGUCUCCAUGAUGCUGCAGAUGGGGGGCACGGUCAUCGGCAGCGCCCGGUGCCAGGAUUUUCGGACGCGCGAGGGACGCCUGAAAGCCGCCCGUAAUCUGGUGAAACGCGGCAUCACCAAUCUCUGCGUCAUCGGCGGCGAUGGCAGCCUCACCGGUGCCGACACCUUCCGGGCCGAGUGGAGCAGCCUCUUGGCUGAGCUGGUGAAAGUGGGGGGGAUCACGGCGGAGGAGGCGAAGAAGUCGAGUUACCUGAACAUCGUGGGCAUGGUGGGCUCCAUCGACAAUGACUUCUGCGGCACCGACAUGACCAUCGGCACCGACUCGGCGUUGCACCGUAUCAUGGAGAUUGUGGAUGCCAUCACUACCACGGCCCAGAGCCACCAGCGGACCUUCGUGCUGGAAGUGAUGGGUCGCCACUGCGGCUACCUGGCGCUCAUCACCGCCCUGGCCUGCGGUGCCGACUGGGUCUUCAUCCCCGUCCCCCCCGAGGAUGACUGGGAAGAUCACUUGUGCCGGAGGCUGACGGAGACCCGCCUGGGCGGCUCGAGGCUGAACAUCAUCAUCGUGGCUGAGGGCGCCAUCGACAAGCACGGCAAGGCCAUCACCUCCGAUGACAUCAAAACUCUGGUGGUGAAGCGUUUGGGAUACGACACCCGGGUCACCAUCCUAGGCCACGUCCAGCGCGGUGGGACGCCCUCCGCUUUCGACCGCAUCUUGGGCAGCCGGAUGGGUGUUGAAGCCGUCAUGGCUCUGCUGGAGGGGACCCCGGACACCCCGGCCUGCGUCGUCAGCCUCUCGGGCAACCAAGCCGUGCGCCUGCCCCUUAUGGAGUGCGUCCAGGUGUGCCACCCCUGUGUCCCCAUGCUGCCUGGCAGUGCCACCCCCGUCCCAUGCUGUGUGGCGGUGCCACCCUUGUCCCUCUAUCCCCAUGCCGUGGGGUGA